AUGCGUUUGACAAUUCCUUUUCGCUUAAAUGUGCUUCCUGAUGCCCAUAGGUAUGCACAGGCGACCUUUCAUGAAGGUACACAUCGUCAAGCUCCUGGUGAUUCCACCCCUUGGAGAGACGUGUCUUCUCCUUUAAAUAGGAUAAAGGUAUGGUGGCUAGCUCCAGCGGCAAAAGGGAGUAUGAUAGCUGCUUGGUGUAUAACACUAGUUCUUGGAGCAUAUUGUUUUUCUAUUCAACAGGAUGCCAAAGGAACUUAUUUGCUUAAUAAUGUUUUGCUUCGUAAUUUGCACGAAGAGACAUUACGAGCAGAUGCCAACCAAGAGCGUGCAAAAGAUUUGCAGAAAACUUUGAAAACUCAACUUGAAGAGGAAGCAGAACUUAGAAAAGGGAAGUUAAGGGUUGUCAAACAAUAUGAAGAAUUCAGUGAUAACAUGAAAAAAGGAUUAGUAAACUAUGAAUUGGAGCUUUCACGUGAACGGGCGAGAGCUGAUGUUGUACACGAACGCAAUCAGGCGUUAGUUGAUGAACUAAUUAAAGUUCGUCAGGAACUUUCUUUAGUGAAGAAAGAAAAUGUAGCUUUAACAACAGAACUUCAAAAGUUGCAAAAACUAUCGAAAAAAUUUGCGUGA